AUGAGUUUACAUGGAGGUACAGCAACGUCAACUACACCAACAACCCCACCUAUACUACCUACAGCCCCACCUAUAACCCGAUCUGCAACAUCUAUAACACAAGCACCAACAACACAAGAACCAACAACACAAGCACCAACAACCACAACAACUGCACCAACAACCACGACAGCUGCAACAACAACCACGACAGCUGCACCAACAACCACAACGGCUGCACCAACAACCACGACAGCUGCAACAACAACCACGACAGUUGCACCAACAACCACAACGGCUGCACCAACAACCACGACAGCUGCAACAACAACCACGACAGCUGCACCAACAACCACAACGGCUGCACCAACAACCACGACAGCUGCAACAACAACCACGACAGCUGCAACAACAACCACGACAGUUGCACCAACUACCACUACAACUGCACCAACUACCACAACAUCUGCACCAAUAACUACAACCAAAACAACUGCAUUAACAACCACAACAGCUGCACCAACAACCACGACAGUUGCACCAACUACCAUUACAGUUGCACCAACAACCACAACCCAAACACCAACAACCAUGACAGCUUCACCAACAACCACAACACCUGCACCAACAACCACAACAGUUGCACCAACAAUCAGAACAGCAGCAUUAACAACCACAACAGCUGCACAAACAACCACAACAGCUGCAACAACAACACAAGCACCAACAACCACAACAGUUGCAACCACAAACACGACAGUUGCACCAACAAUCACAACAUCUGCACCAACAACCACAACAGUUGCACCGACAACCACGACAGUUGCACCAACUACCCCAACACAUGCAAAAACAACCACAACAGCUGCUCCAACAACCACAACAACUGCACAAACAACCACAACAGUUGCACCAACAACCACAACACUGCACCAAAAACCACGACAGUUGAACCAACAACCACAACAGCUUCACCAACAACCACAACACCUGCACCAACAACCACGACAUUGCACCAACAACACAAACACCAACAACCAAGACAGCUGCACCAACAACCACAACAGUUACACCAACAACCACGACAGCUGCACCAACAACCACAACACCUUCACCAACAACUGCAACAGUUGCACCAACAACCACGACAUUUGCACCAACUACCAUUACAACUUCACCAACUACCACGACAACUGCACCAAUAACCACAACAGCUGCACCAACAACCACAACAUCGAACCAACAACCACGACAGUCGAACCAACAACCACAACAGCUGCACCAACUACAACUACCACAACAUAUGCACCAAUAACCACAACAGCUGCACCAACAACCACAACAGUUGAACCAACAACCACAACAGCUGCACCAACAACCACGACAGUUGCACCAACAACAGCAACAGCUGUAUUAACAACCACAACAUCUGCACCAACAACCAUGACAGCUGCACCAACAACCACGACAGUAGCACCAACAACCACAACAGUUGCACCAACAACCACGACAAUUGCACCAACUACCACUACAACUCUACCAACUACCACGACAUCUGCACCAACAUCCACAAUGGCUGCACCAACAUCCACAACAGCUGCACCAAAAACCACAACAGUUGAACCAACUACCACGACAGUUGCACCAACAACCACGACAGUUGCACCAACUACCAUGACAGUUGCAACAACUACCACAACAGCUGCACCAACUACCACAAUGGCUGCACCAACAACCACGACAGCUGCACCAACAACCACAACACCUUCACCAACAACCGCAACAGUUGCACCAACAACCACGACAGUUGCACCAACUACCACUACAACUUCACCAACUACCACGACAACUGCACCAAUAACCACAACAGCUGCACCAUCAACCACAACAGUUGAACCAACAACCACAACAGCUGCACCAACAACCACGACAGUAGCACCAACAACCACGACAGUCGAACCAACAACCACAACAGCUGCACCAACUACCACUAUAACUACACCAACUACAACUACCACAACAUAUGCACCAAUAACCACAACAGCUGCACCAACAACCACAACAGUUGAACCAACAACCACAACAGCUGCACCAACAACCACGACAGUUGCACCAACAACAGCAACAGCUGUAUUAACAACCACAACAUCUGCACCAACAACCAUGACAGCUGCACCAACAACCACAACAGUAGCACCAACAACCACAACAGUUGCACCAACAACCACGACAAUUGCACCAAUUACCACUACAACUCUACCAACUACCACGACAUCUGCACCAACAUCCACAAUGGCUGCACCAACAUCCACAACAGCUGCACCAACAACCACAACAGUUGAACCAACUACCACGACAGUUGCACCAAUAACAACCACGACAGUUGCACCAACUACCAUGACAGUUGCAACAACUACCACAACAGCUGCACCAACAUCCACAAUGGCUGCACCAACAACCACAACAGCUACAACACAAGCAACAACAACCACAACAGCUACAACCACAACAACCACAACAACUGCACAAACAACCACAACAGUUGCUCCAACAACCACGACAUCUGCACCAACAUCCACAAUGGCUGCACCAACAUCCACAACAGCUGCACCAACAACCACAACAGUUGAACCAACUACCACGACAGUUGCACCAAUAACAACCACGACAGUUGCACCAACUACCAUGACAGUUGCAACAACUACCACGACAGUUGCACCAAUAACAACCACGACAGUUGCACCAACUACCAUGACAGUUGCAACAACUACCACAACAGCUGCACCAACAUCCACAAUGGCUGCACCAACAACCACAACAGCUGCACCAACAACCACAACAGCUGCACCAACAACCACAACAGCUGCACCAACAACCACGACAGUUAAACCAACUACCACGACAGUUGCACCAACUACCAUGACAGUUGCACCAACAACCACAACCCAAACACCAACAACAACGACAGCUGUACCAACAACCACAACAGCUGCACCAACAACCACGACAGAGGCACCAACAUCCACAACGGCUGCACCAACAACAACAACACAAGCACCAACAACCCCAACAGUUGCACCAACAACCACAACAGUUGCACCAACAACCACAACAGUUGCAACAACAACCACGACAGCUGCACCAACAACCACAACACAAGCAACAACAACCACAACAGUUACAACCACAACAACCACAACAACUGCACAAACAACCACAACAGUUGCUCCAACAACCACGACAGUUGCACCAACUACCAUAAAAGUUGCACCAAGAACCACGACAGCUGCACCAAGAACCACGACAGCUGCACCAACAACCAGGACAGCUGCACCAACAACCACAACACCUUCACCAACAACCGCAACAGUUGCACCAACAACCACAACAGCUGCAUUAACAACCUCAACAGUUGCACCAACAAGCACGACAGUUGCACCAACUACCACUACAACUUCACCAACUACCACGACAACUGCACCAAUAACCACAACAGCUGCACCAACAACCACAACAGUUGAACCAACAACCACAACAGCUGCACCAACAACCACGACAAUUGCACCAACAACCACAACAGUUCCACUAACUACCAUGACAGUUUCACCGACUACCAUGACAGCUGCACCAACAACCACAAUGGCUGCACCAACAACCACGACAGUUGAACCAACUACCACGACAGUUGCACCAACAACCACAACCCAAACACCAACAACCACGACAGAUGCACCAACAACCACGACAGAUGCACCAACAUCCACAACGGCUGCACAAACAACAACACAAGCACCAACAACCACAACAGUUGCACCACCAACCACAACAUUUGCAUCACAUACCACGACAGUUGCACCAACAACCACAACCCAAAUAGCAACAACCACAACAGCUGCACCAACAUCCACAACGAGUGCAACAACAACAACAACACAAGCACCAACAACCGCAACAGUUGCACCAACAACCACGACGGUUGCACCAACAACCACAACAGUUGCACCAACAACCACAACAGUCGCAACAAAAACCACGACAGCUGCACCAACAACCAUGAAAGUUGGACCAACAACCACAACACAAGCAACAACAACCACAACAGCUGCACCAACAAUCACAACAACUGCACAAACAACCACAACAGUUGCACCAACAACCACGACAGUUGCACCAACAACCACGACA